CUCCAAAUAAUUCCCAUAAAGUUACUUGAAUCUCACAAUUAUUCCUUACAUGAGCUUUAAAAGUGAUGAAUAAAUGAGAGAUUCGUACAAAAAACUUUUCAUCGAUUCCAUUUUUUUCGUUUCUCAAAUAAUUGUCCCCCGCCUUUCAAGGCUGGUCAAGGUUGUCUAAUUUUUUUUAAAUUUUUAUUGUCUUUCAAAAAUAAAUAAAUAUUUUGUUUAUUUUUUAAUAAAUAUUUUAAUGUCAAAUAAAUUAAUUAAUGAAUUUAUAUUUGAGGAUGGUGAAUGGAUUUCACAAAGGGAGGCACAUAUUCGUCAAAUAAUUAUUUUUAUUUUCCGUUUUGCUUUAGGAAUAUUUUUUAGUGCUCAUUUGUGGGAUUUUAUGUUUAAUCCAAUUUGGAUGCAUGGAUAUCUUUGGUCAUUAAAUCAGCCUUAUUUAAUGGAAGGAGGAGAUUCUUUAUCUGAAAAAUCAGCUUUGGAUAUUUUAGAAUAUCAAAAUAAAUUUUAUGGUCCCUGGCAUCAAAUGGGGUAUUCUUUAGUGAGUACUUUGGGGACUUGGCUGAUUUUACGUUUUGCUGGCUUUGCUUCUGUAGAUCGCUCCGUUUGGCGUCUUAUUUUAAUUUCUAUUUUUUGUGGAUUUAUCACAGCAUUUAUUCGUUCAUUUUUACAACAACAAAGGCUAUUUCCUUGUAUUCAUGAAAGUUUUUUUGUAUUUUUACUUAUUUUCUUUAAUGGAAUUUGUUUGGCAAUUAAUUGGCAUAAAAAUGAGGAAAAGGAAUUUAUUAAUUUAAAAGAAAAUAAAAAGGAAAAAUAA